AAAUUAGAUGUAUUUAAUAAUAAAGUUAUGAAAUGUUUCAGAGAAUAUUGAAAAUGCAAAAAGGUGGACGGGCGAUUAAUUUGAAAAAAGUCCAAGCAAGGUAGAAAAUGUCCGAAGAAGAAGCACUGAAAAGAUCGUGCCCAGGCUGUACGAUAUGUACAGUAUGUACAGUUUGCAGGAAAGCUGGGGAUGUUAAAGACGUAUUUUCCGGUCUGUAUGAGAUGACCCCUCUAGGUAGCUUCAGCUACUUUACCAGGCUUAGUACCGUCAUUAACAUUCAGGACGAGAUUAAAGACUCUGUAAAGUGCAGAUGUGGGAACCUAAACACACAUAAGAAUGAGAAUAUUCAAUCAACAGACUGCAAGUGCUGGUUUAAAAAUGCCGCAAUCCAUUCAUCAGAAAGUAAAUGCGGGAAAAGAUUAUGUACUGAGUGUGUACAGUAUGUGAAUCAGCUGGAGGAAUUACAGCUUCAGAUUUUUAAGAUAGAAAACAAAAUUUUCAAUCUGUACACCAGGCUACAGCUUGAGGAGAAAGAGGAGAUAGUUGAGGAAACCUUUGAGGACGUGAUAGCUAGAGAGGAUGAGAACGAUAAAAGAUCAAAGGCUAAAAUCAAACCAAAGAGGAAGAUAAAAGAGUCAAAAGUUGAAAGAAAUGUGACGAGAAGAAAGAAAAGGACGGGUCCUGCAAAAUGUCCUAUUUGUCAGGUUGUCUGCAAGACUGAAAGAUUACUAGUCAAACAUCAGUUUUCAGUUCACGCUGUUGAAUUAGCGAUAGAGUGUUCUCUGUGUGAUGAAUCCUUCAGUUCGUUGACUUUACUCAAAAAGCAUGAACAGAGUUACCAUCAAAGUCUAGUCGAGGAGCGUAAAAUAUGUGAGGUGUGUAGUAAAGUUUGCCUAACUAUUGGAAAUCUGAAUUGCACUGUAUGCGGACGAAUGUUCAAGGAUAAAGCAAAUCUCCGUAAACAUGAAUUCACACACUCCCUCGCCAAACCAUUCUCCUGCUCCGUCUGUCUCAAGGGGUUUAUCAGGAAGGAUCUACAUGCCAGGCAUCAAGAACAUUGCUCUUUAUAA